AUGAUUUCCCGCCAGCGCGCGAAGGAGGAGCGGCAACGCGCCGAGGAAGCGGAGAGAGAACGGCAGGAGGAGCGACAACGCGCCAGAGCGUCAGAAGAACAAGCACGACUCACGGCACUUGACAAAUACAUUGCAGUUUGCUAUGCCUCCGUUUUCUCUCGCUUCGCCAUCGAACCAGAUCCAAAACUGAUUUCGAGGGGCUCCAUCACAAAUCCGCGUGACAAGUGGUGGCCCAAAAAUCUGAGGCCAUGGCCCGACUUCCUUGAUCAACAGAAGUUUAGGUUCGGCACACUUUACGAUACAAACCCUACCGAAAGCCACGUUUUCGAAAACCGAAAUUUCUUGGCCGGCUUGGGGAACAGGAUCUCUCAACGGCCAAUAGCAGACGAGAAGACGCUCGAAUAUUUCCUACAUAAUAGCGUGGAGGAUCCGGUCAGAGCCAUCAUACAGCAGCUCAAACAGGUGGAGGAGGUCAGCAGGGCCUUUCGGAUCGGAGAUGGUGUCGUCUUUGAGAACCAUCCCCAUGCCCUCAGCGACGUCUCUGAGGAAUUCGUGGACAGGGAGACACCAUUGAUACCACCACGGACGUCGGACCAUCGAAGAGAUCUCAAGCAGCUGCGACCGGAUCAGAUCUGCGUCUAUCGAUCCGACAACACCUUGUCCUCCCGGCGCACCAUGGUUUACGUUUCCGAGUAUAAGCCGCCUCACAAGUUGACCGCUCCGCAUCUUCGUCUCGGUCUCCGCGCCAUGGACAUCCACGAGGAAGUUGUGAACCGAAGGACGAUUCCAACUUCUGUAGACCCUGACGCGCGUUUCCAGUACCACGCGGAGAAGCUGACGGUAUCUGCCAUCACGCAGACAUAUCAUUACAUGACCGACAGUGGCCUUGAACAUGGUCUUCUUACUACUGGCGAGGCCAUUAUGUUUCUCAAAGUUGACUGGGACGAGCCUGAGAGUGUACUAUCACCUAGCAGAGCCUGGUCCGGAGGCGUCGGCACAUCCAAACAACCUCCAUAUAUGCAUGGCCGUCGGUCAAUAUCUAGGGUUCACCCUUAUAGCUCUCGGUUCGCCUGGAGAACGAUCGGGGAAUUGGCAGGAGGAACGUCUAUAAGCUAUGAAGGACUUGAAGACGUGGGCUGAGGACUUCGAAUGUAGCAGCGGCCUAAUAUGUACGCAUUGGAUUUUGCUGUUGUCGGACGUGCCGAGCGAUGUUAGUUUGCGGUACAACGCCACACCAUUUGCAAACAAUGAUACGCCAAGAAUGGCCGUAGUGAAAGAGAUCCUGGAGUUCCAUAGCGAAAGGCGGUUGAUUUCGAUCUGCCGUUGGAUGAAAUCAAUUUGAAAGUAGUAUUGGAUACAAAUCUCAAAUCAAGCUACGAUAAAGGGUCUCGAUAAUAAAAGCAACCCAGUAAACGCGUUCAGGAAAAGGGAAGGUUA